ACCACUGUUGUCGCCUGCUCCGCUUCCCCCCUCUCUUGCUCCCCCGCUGCCGCCUCCUACCCUCCUCUCGCCCAGCUCUCUUUCCCUCAAGUCCCUCGCCCCCCUCGCCACUUCCUCACUCUAGUAGCUAGAGAGGAGGAGGGCGGGCUAGAAAGCCACGCCCUCGCCGCCCGCCGACGAGAACUAAAACUGAAGUAGGGCGGCAGCGGGUGGCAAUGGAGACCGGCGGCAGCGGCAGCGGCAGCAACGGCGGCGGGAGCGACGACGUCCGCGGGCUCAAGUUCGGCAAGAAGAUCUACUUCGAGCAGGACGCGGCGGCGGCCGCAGGCGGGAGCGGGGCGGCGGCUGGCGGCAGGAAGGGGAAGGGCGUGGCCUCCGGCCCGGCCCCCGCCGCCGCGCCGCCGAGGUGCCAGGUGGAGGGCUGCGGCGUGGAUCUGAGCGGCGCCAAGCCGUACCACUGCCGCCACAAGGUGUGCUCCAUGCACACCAAGACGCCGCGCGUCGUCGUCGCCGGCAUGGAACAGCGCUUCUGCCAGCAGUGCAGCAGGUUCCACCAAUUACCUGAAUUUGACCAAGGAAAACGCAGCUGUCGCCGUCGCCUUAUUGGUCACAAUGAGCGCCGGAGGAAGCCACCACCUGGACCUCUCACUUCACGCUAUGGCCGGCUUGCUGCAUCAUUUCAAGAGCCUGGCAGGUUCAGAAGCUUCCUGCUGGACUUCUCGUACCCAAGGGUUCCGAGCAGCGUGAGGGAUGCGUGGCCAGCGAUUCAGCACGGCGGCGACCCGAUGCCAGGUACCAUCCAGUGGCAAGGGAACCAAGAAGUUCACCCUCACCGCAGUACAGUUGUGGGUUACGGCAACCACGCGUACAUCGGCCAUGGCGGCUCGGUGGCAGGGCCUUCGGUGCUCCCCGCCGCCUUCGAGCUCCCGCCCGGCGGAUGUGUCGCGGGAGUUGCCACCGACUCCAGCUGUGCUCUCUCUCUUCUGUCAACAACUCAGCCAUGGGAUACUGCCCAAAGUGCCAGCCACAACCGGUCCCCAGCCAUGUCCGAGGCCAGCGCCUUCGAGGGCACCCCGGUGGCGCCCUCCGUCAUGGCGAGCAGCUACACGGCGGCCGGCGCCUGGGCUGGCUCCCGGGGCCCUGCCGCCGAGGGCGCCAGGAGCGUGCAGCACCCCGAGGAUGCUCUGCACCUGGUCCACCCGGGCUCGGUCCACCACGGCAACUUCUCGGGCGAGCUCGAGCUCGCGCUGCAGGGUAGCGGGCCGUCGAACCCGCCGCACGCCCACCACGGCAGCUCCGGCGGCACCUUCAGCCACUCCAGCAACGCGAUGAACUGGUCCCUGUAGGGACGGGGCCUUCCCCCCCACCAGCACCUGCCGGCCUCGCCGCUCGCCACGCCACGAGACAUGGAGCGCCUGGGCGCCCUGGUUUUGCGCGCCGUACCUCGCCGACUCUGUUUUCAGGGUGGAACGGGGGAUUCCUAACCGGUAAAUCGUCGCGAGUUCCCUUCCCCGUGUAGCCCGUUGCGUCCAUGAACUCGAUCGAACACCUGAUGAACCUAUGAUUUCUAGAACUCCGUAACCUGGAUUAUUCAACUAUGAUGAUGCUUAUCAAGGGACCUGUUACUGUUUCUCGUGUUGUUGCUUAGUUUGUAACCCAAAUAUCUACGAUGAUUUUUAUCCACCUUAGUUAACCAUCCUAUUCGUGUCUGCCUGUAA